AUGGUGCUGCCAGCGAAACAAAGGAUAGCUGGCGCUUACCUGACUCCGUGGUGGCAGCAGGCCCCACAGCACCGGAACUGCGCCUGCAGGGCCCUCCAAGGUUUGGAAACGCACCAUCAGGAGAUGCUGCGUACCCUGCGCAGCUUUCAGCACGUGCUGCCGCGCAACAAGCGCAGGGUAGCCGAAAGGACGCGUGCAUCUUCUCACGCGGGGCUCUGCCCCAAGGGUUGCACCCUGGGCCUCACCACUGACUACAAGUUCGGCGGUGGUGGUACUCCCGUGGUCUCCAAAGCCACGCGAGCGCAUCCCAAGCUUGUCAAGGUGCUCUGCGAAGGCUGUCGGGCCGCCUGCCCGGACUUCAAGUUUACCUCGAUUCAAGUGAACGUGAAUACGAAGUACAAGAUGCACACCGAUGGUUUCGAUGCCGGGCCGAGCCGCAUGGUUGCUCUUGGCAACUUCUCCCGCGGCCGGCUCUGGCUUCAUGCCUCCAAGAACAACACCUGGAGCCUCGUGGACGUCCAGAACACCUGGAUCGCCUUCGAUGGCCGCGAGUUCCAUCGCACGGAGGAGUGGCAGGGCCUCGAGAGGUACAGCCUGGUCUUCUUCACAAACCACUUGUGGGACCAGCUUGGUUUCGAGGGCCAGGAUCAGCUGAAGGAGCUGGGCUUCCCCUGGCCUGAGACGGAGGAUGUUUUUCGGGAGGAGAUCCCCUGGCCCGAUUACCGGCAGCAUGCAGCCCGGAGAAGCUGGAGGUGGCGACAGCUGCAGCAAGCUCCGCGGAGUCUCCUGCAGCGCAUCCUCUCCGCAUUCAGGGGUGCAGUGCGCCAGAAGAAUCUUCGCGGUGGGUCAAAAUGGCAGCGGUGCAGCUCCAAGCCCCUCGAACGCAAGCGACGAGGACGUGGUGCGAGCACCCCUCUUCCUGCCUCGAAUGUUGCCGCUCGUGUCGAGCUUUGCUUCGCGGCGGCUCCUGGGACUCUUCGCAGCGAUGCCGGCUCGCAGUGCCGUGCGGCGCUAUCAGACCGCGCCGCGCUGGCUGGAUGCCGUGGACCGCCUUGUAAAUGCCACCCUGAUCGACACCUGGCUCGAAAGUCAGGAGGGGCCGCAGCCUGCCCACGAGUGGCGAGGAAGAAGCUUGCCCGAGGAAGGCCCUUGGCUGUCACCAACACCGGAGGGCCAGCCCACGAUUCCGGAGGUGUGUCUAGGCAGCACGCGAUCGAAUGGGUGGAUCGCUACGGCGAGGCUUGGCGCUUGCAAGACGUAGAGAAGAUUCUUGAGCUCUUCACAGACACUGGGCUGUACGUUGAGCGGCCCUAUGACCCAGAGAAUGGGAUCUACCGGGGCCACGAGGGCAUCAAGAACUACUGGAUAACUCAUAUACAGAUGCGCGAGAGGAACAUCGAUUUCAGGAACGUUGUGGAGGACCUGGUCUUCGACGAUGAAGCGCAGACGGCUGUGGCAAAAUGGGAGGCUUCCUUCGAGGUGCGCCAGUCAGAGGAUCGUCAGUGGCGGAGGGUCCAAUUCCUGCAGGUCGCUAAGCUACGCUUUGCGCCAGAUGGCAGGGUCUGGCAUCUGGAAGAGCCACCUGGCGGCACCAGCGGAAGGUGA